AUGUCUGCCAAGCUUACCACACACAGCACUUGCUCUUCCGAGGGCGCGGAAGACGCCGUCCCUAUGGUUUCCAUCAGGACCCAUCGGGGCAGCGGGGAGCGCCAGGUGACUCUGGAAGACCUCAAGCGUGUGGCACACCUCAGCCAGGAGCGUGCAGCAGCCGCCCUGAAUGUGGGUAACACCCGCUUCAAGUCAGCCUGUAGGGAGCUGGGCAUGCGGGGCUGGCCAUACCGCAAGAUCAAGUCGGUCCGGAGCCUGCUGUACGCCAUCCAGAAGGAGCCAGACUCUGUGCACCCGGACAUCUGGCCUGCGAUUCUCUGGCGUCUGGACCGGCUGGUCGACCACCACUUCCACAACCCCACCGAGCCCCUGACCGAGGAGUUCAAGGUGCUGCGCCAGGCGGCAUACAAGCGGAGGCACGGCCAGAAGCGGAGGAGCGGCGACGGCGCCGCCGCCUGCUCCAGCUCCGAGCACUGCCUCGACGAGGACCUGGGUGCCGCGCUGCCUGCUGGGCAUCUGCCGGUAGGCCAGGCCCCGUGCACGGGGUACCAGGCGUUCGAGGACUCGGCGCAGUCGCCAUGCACCCCCCCCAACGCCAGGGAGAGGGCCCUGCGCAGGCUUGGACCCGCCGGCGAGGUCACGCAGGAGGGAGUGGCGGAGUCGGGGCCUGGGCCGCGUCCGGAGCCUCCCUCUGCCGACGCUUGUCCGCACGCCGGCCAAGGGGUGGCAGGGACACCGGUGUGUCAGCUGCUCCCUGCCGCCCUUCCUUCCCCAUCAGCACCCGACCUGUGGUGCUCGCUGACGUGGACCAGCGGCCUGGAGUUUGCACCUGUGCCCGACGAGGCCCGUGAGGAUCUGGAGGAUGUGUACGCUCAGACCGCAUCCUCCUGA